AUGCACAAGAGGCAAUCUCUGAGGCUGCCUGUGCAGAUGCCUGGCAGCAGUCAGUUCGCCGACUGCAGCGCAAGCCGCGCGCAGCAGUGCGAGACCGUGCUGCUGGCACAGCAAGUCAACGAUGCCUCCAGGGCCACCGUCCCCGAGCUACUUACACGGUGUCGGUACAUCCGGCAGAACCUGAACUGCCUGCUCAACUACACUGCCCUGUGCCUGCCCCUGGAGCAGAAGGAAGAGAAGUCUCAGGUCAUCGUGUCGGCGCGCAAAUACGCGUACGCCACCUGCGAAGACCGGGACGCCGUCAAAGAGCACUGGAAGGAUGGCGCAUGCUUUCAGAAGCCUGAAGUUCAGCGCUGCAACGGCGACUACGAUGCUCAGAUGAAGAAGUACCAGCUCAAUAGCAAGUACCCAUCUGAAGAGCAGUGCAGGCGCUACAUGAACUACCAAAGGUGCAUGCGUCGAGCUGCUAGCCUGGUGUGCAACAAAGAGGGCAAUGAGUUUGUGGGCCUGUUCCUGUAUGAUCGGGAACCGACACUGUCCUGGAUGUGCAGCGACGAUUACCGGCAGCCGCUGCGCAUUGAAGCUGCUCCCACUCCAGCAGCAAUCAACCAGGCCACCUGCACAAGUCUUGUGAGCAGAGACCUGCAGCGGUGCACGGACAAACACCAGAAGGCCACAGCUGGCCUUAGCUAUCGGAAGCAGUCGUCUACCCGCAAGUCAACGGGCCUACAGCUGUCUGAUGAAGAGCACAAGACUAGGCUUUGCUGUGCCUUCGGAGAGUUUGCCCACUGCGUGCGCACGGCAGUCCAGGUCAAGUGCAGUACCGAUCGCAAUGCCCUCGUCGAGAGCAUCGUGCAGCAGGCGCUAGAUUUCGUCGGGCACCACUGCGACAACUACUACUACGGCUCAAGUCUCUGCUCGACCGCGACACCUCUGACGUCGACGCAGGCGCUGAUGCUCCUCCUCGCGUUGGUAUCGGCCUGCUUUGCUGUGCAACACUGAUUUCAUGCCUCGCACCUCAAGAAGAUGGAGUUGGCGAGACAGCACCUGCCAUGCUGGUGAUUGGUGGGCUUGUCUCGAACACUGUUCAGUGGGGGUAACGAGGAGAAGCGAGACUCGUUUUUUUUCUUUUAUUUUUUGCAGCAGUGCACACAAAUUUAAACGAGGCAUUUCAGCGGGAAGCCAAAAAUGGUCAGCUUCCAGCUGAUAAUGCUUUAGACGCCGUUACUUCUGACAUUGCUGGCUGGACCAAUGUGUGGACCAGAGAUCAGAGUCGUUAGCGCUGGAACUACAGCAGCUAAGAAGCCGCCGCAUGGAGCUCUCUCACAAAGGUUGCCAGAGUGACCACUAAGGAAUUUCCUCUUAUCGAACGUGCUUCAAUAUCUUGUCCUAUUACUGCUGUCAUGACGAGAUCUUUCAUAGUUGUGUAAAUUGGGACUGAUCGUGCAUUCAGUCGUGUUAUUAAGACGUGUAUAGACACCCACAGAAUGUUCAGAUUAUUCAGAAGUGUUGUCGGUGUCUUAGCAAAGACAAGUUGACAUUAAGAACUCAUCGCCAUCCUGAACGUUGAGCAUGUUCGCCAUCAGAGGAUGCAAGACUUGGAAAAAGCCUGAAAAUAUGGUUCUAAAGCAUAAGAUAUUGCUUACUUAGCAUGAUGAAGACAUGUCCUCCAUCCUUUCCGCUCACUUGUAUUGGGUGCCCUCUGUUAUGGGUGAGGAGGAAAUUGCAGAGGCAUGAAAAAGUGAAUGCAUGGUAACCUAAAAAAACUCUCAAUAUGAUGGUUGAGAUGUGCUUGUUACUGAGCUGCUCAACAAAGUGACUGGUCAUGUUGUGGCCAUCACCUCAAGCUAAUCAUGCUUCUUCCACAUAUGAUGCACAUGCACAAUAAUCUUUUGAAAUGAAAUAUAUGUGGAAUACUACAUAAUUACACUUAUAAUACAGCAUGACAUACAUUUCUAAAGGAAUGCGAAGUUGUUAACUGUGAGAUGACCAGAACACACUGAAACACAUUUUUUGUAAUGAAAAAGUACAGUGCGCAAUUCAAAUUGAGCAUGCCAAUAUCCCAAUAUCACACUUUACACACCAUUUUUUUAGUCAUACAUAAAAACAAAUACUUGACACCUAGAAGCUUCUGGCACGUCAACAAGCUAUAGGCACAAGUCGGAGCUACUGAUAUCUUGAAAAAUGCCUUUUAAUAUUUCUCACAUUUUAUUACAAUUCUUGUUUUUUACUAUGUGUACAUUGACCGAAGAUGCAUCCCAGGAUUAGUUUGUUUUAGACUUGUGCCGAAGCACGUUACUUCUUUUUUAAUCAUCACACAAUUUCCCCUUAUACAAAAUGCAUGCAGCCAACAGCAGUAUAUGAUGACUGAUUUUCGAGCAUUACAAUGAUUGGGCAGGUAAGCGGAAGUGAGCAUUUGCAAAGACUAAUGAAAUAUACGAGUCAAAACUCACUGAAGUCCCACAUUAGAAAACAGCAUGGACAUCAAAACUUGAGCUUACAUGUAUCCUGACAGUUGUAGUAACAUUGCUUCUUGAACAAGUGUUUGUUCGGCUUGCAGACUUAUCAAGCUCGAAUGACUGGGCACUUGUUACUAGUUUCAAAGUUGGUCACAAAACUACAUUCAGCGAUAUGGUCUGCUUAACUCAUGCUCUACUGUAUGCUCCACUGUCGAAACACUUAAACAUUAUUGAAACCAACAUAACCAUAACUAUUUAACUUUACCAGAAAUGAGGCAUUGAUAUUAUAGUUUGGUCAGAUGUUAUUUGCUAUAAAAAUUUUGUAGGCCGGCCUAAAUUCCAUGUCUCAGCAAUAACCAGCAGCAAAAUACUAACCGCCUUUUCGUUUGGCGGUUGAUAUUUCAUACGUGUCUUUCUCCCACCAUUGUCGAUGUAUGAAUGGAAGGUUAUCUUGAAAAAGGAGCAAGCAACAGUGCAAUGUCAGCCACUCACCGCUUAAAUAUUCUGUCUGCUUACUACGUUUGAGAUGAUGCACAUUUGCCUUUGCAAGUAGGCCUGCUGUUCACACAGUCAAGGCCGACACAUCUUAAUUGAGGCAUUGUGCAGCAAAAGCAAAGGUUAAAAUGCUGCCUGAAGAAUAAACUGGAAAGUUACUUUCAGGCAAUAGCUUCAGGGCUGAUGUGCUGAUUUCACAUGCCGUUAAAUGGAAUGCAUUGUCGCCUGAUGCUUGAAGUAGAACAAACUCAAGCCUGUUAAUCACAACAGCAGAUUCAUCACUGCUCUAGGUACCACUGAUUCACUACUUAACUCAAGAAGCAAGAUUCAAGCUAGGUACGCUGCAAAAAUAUGCUCAUUUCAUGAUUUACUGCAACAUUUCUUGCCUGCAUGUCACUGCAAUAAUCCCUUCAAUUAAUGCAAGAGUUAAGAAUUCCUAAGUAUUGGUGGGUCUAAGGAAUUAACAAACAGGUGUCUCUCAGCUGGAAAUGUUCAUGUGCAGUUGCUUUCUUGCAGCAGCCGUCGUUUAAUGGGCGCUUGCAAGUUUAGUAAUUUUAUUAAGUGCGAAUGCACUUU